ACAACACUGGUUUGCUGUCUCGACUUGUACUUAAAAGCCAUUUUCGUUUCUGGUCGUCGGGGAGCACUCCAAUGGCGGCGUACACGAACCAGCUCGUAGCGGCCAAGCAAAAACUUUCGAAUGUUUUGGGUGAUCGUUUCAAAACAUACAUGAAUUGCCUGAAACUUUGGUUCAGCCAGAAGCUCACCAAGGAGGACUUUGACUUGGAGGUCAGGAAAGUUCUCAGCCAAGAAGGAGUACACGCCCACAAUGAGUUCCUGCUGGCCUUCUUCAACAAGUGCCAAGCCCCAUGUGCAGGCCGUGAGUCCAGCUCCUCCUCGCAUGUCCGGGACAAGCUCAAGAGGCUCAAGAGCAAGGCGAGGCCUGUGCGGGUCACUUUUGAGAAGCGGUUUGUGCCAGUGGCAGUUACGCGGCAUGUGCCUGCGGCACGCGAGCCUGCAACCGAGCGCAGUUUGAACUUGUGCCUUCGAGAGCGCUGCCUUCCCGACUCGAUGCUUGUCCAUGGGCGUAUGUUCGUCAUUGCCUGGGACUGUGGACUGGAGGCUGUCGACGACGGGGCUGUUGAGCUUGUGUUGCUUGCCAUCAAGCAACGGUUGCGAGCCCUUCUCGUGGCAGUGCUGAGCCGUCGCAGUGCAUACAAGUUACGGGAGAGACGAAUGCUGCACACCCUGGGAUGCGCCCCACCAAACCCCUACCUGCGGUUUGCCGCCCGCUGCCACUUCUCACGGGGCUCUAGUCGCGGCACAGCAGUGACACAGGCAGGGGAGCACCAGCCACGUGCGCCGCUGAGCUUGGAUCGGGCCGAGAGCAGGGCAGCUCUGGAAGUGGCCGCUGACCCCUGGGAGCGUCCGCCUCGCCAGCCGGUUGGCGCCGCUGAUUUGCUGGAGACAUUACAGGUUCGGCGCGACAUCCUGCUGGCGCACUCUGUGCGAGCGCGGGCCCUGGAGCACGCCCUGGCUGCCCAGUGGCACCCGAGCCACGAAGAGCUACGACAGGCAAGCAUCCACGAGCAAGAGGAGGCCCUGCGGGCACAGCUGCUUGAGCUUCACCAGCCGUGUGUCUGGUGACCUCUCCUUUUGUGGUGGGCUUAGGUGUAAUGGACUGUGUCCCACAACCAUUACUAAUUUGUUCUGCUUAGGAAUGAGUUUAGGGAAGGCAAUAAAACAGACCACACUCGA